CAAGACUUACUGAAGGAGAAAAGCUGAGAUAUCACUUUCAGAUUUUCCAGAUCAUUAAAAUAUUGCAGUGCAGGAGCCAUACAAUCCAGCUCAUACUCCAUUUAAAUGCUGAUCAGAACACUUAGUGCAUUCACAUAUGUUCCCAGAGAGCUUCUUGUUGGUGCCUUUGCAAGGAGGGCUAUCCCAUGAAAGCACACAGGAACACUGCCUCAGGCAGAGACCUGUCUGCCUCCACCUCCUGACUAACACUAAGGUACCCCAGCCUAUGCAAGGCAAGCUGAUAUUUCAGAUAAGAAGCUGUCUCAGUUUACAAAAGGCCAUGAAAAGCUCUGGUUCAUUUUCCACAUCUGCUUCUUCUCUCUGCUUUUGGAAAAUAAUUCUUAUUUCCUACUAGCAAGUCCAGACUAGACUAAUAUUUAGUCUUGCUUUGUUAAGUUGCUAAUCAUGAUUUUAGCUUUGACUAAUGGUAUCUUAGAUGAUCUAAUAUACUAGAACCUAGUAAGUGAGUUCAGAUAAGGUGUUAGGCUUAUGCCAUAGCACAGUUUGAAGGAACCAGGUGUGGAUGGAAACCAAACAAGCAACAACACAAAUAGGCCCAAAUAGCCCACAGAGGGCCAGAAAGUACAGCUGCAAGUAGAGCUGUGAUGUAAUCUGUCUCUGUGAGCCCCUUGAAGCCAGCAGGCCAGCCUCAUGCUUUUGGUAUAAUGGACAUCAUACAGCCAAAAAGGAGGGUUAUGCCAUAAUCUCUGUUCCAUUCAGCAAUUGGAUUUGAGUGUACUAGUCCUGUUUCCUAGACCCUUCCAGUCCUAUGGAAAUUUAGAAGUCCCAAUGUAAAACCUAUUCAACUUGCAGCAUCUGAGAGGGAAAUAUCAGAACAGCUCCUGCUAACGUGAGAAAUGCCAUUACAAGGUACUGUACUGUUCCACCCAUUCUGGCCUCUGGGCUGUGGGCAAGAAAUUGCAUGGGAGGACAUGGGAAAACCUGUGUGGGAGCUUAUGUAUAGAAAUGUAUUUGUACUGAAGGGCGUUGGCUGUGACGGAGAAAGUGAGCAUAGGUGAGGACUUGCUCAGAUCACCAAGCUACUCCACCUCACCUUUCAACACAGCAUUACUAUCCAAUGAUGGGUAACUGGCCUGAUGGAAAAAAGCAAGCCACGGCUGGCUUUUGCAGGCAGCUGCAAACUGCAGUGUUAUGCAGUCUAGUCAUCUCAUUACUUGCUUAGCUGCACAGUCAUUGCCCACUUCCUGUUCCCAGCAUUUUGUAGAAGAGAACUGGUACAUCUAAAUGUUUUGCAGUAGCAGGAAUUGUUUUGGGGUACGAGCAGCUGGUUUUGAAACUUGGAAAAACUCUGCACACAAGCAAUUGGCCUGGCUGGAAAAGCAGUGCAGUUUGGAACCUUGGAUAUUUUACAAGAGCAAGUGUAGAGUCCUACACCUGGAGAGGAACGACUGCAGGUACCAGUACAGGUUAGGGACUGAGCUGCUGGUGGGGAGCUCUGCAGAGAACCUCAGUAUCGUUGUGGGCAACAGGUUGGCCAUGAGCCAGCAGUGCGCCUUUGUGGCCCAGAAGGCUAAUGGUAUCCUGGGGUGCAUUAAGAAGUGUGUGGCCGGCAGGUUGAGGGAGGCAAUCUUCUGCCCUGGUGAAGCCACAUCUGGAGUACUGUGUCCAUCUGGGCUCCUCAGUUUGAAAAAGUCAGAGAGAGAGUCCAGCAGAGGGCCACAAAGAUGACUGGAGUCCUGGAUCAUCUCCCUUACGAGACAAUACUGAGAAACCUUGGACUGUUCAGUCUGAAGAAGAGAAGGCUGAAGGGGGAUCAUAUCAGUGAUUACAAAUACUUAAAGGACAAAAGUCAAGUGAAUGGGGCCAUGGGCAAAAAUUCUAUACCAACAAGAGGAAAUACUUUUCUACUCUGAGGGUGACAGAGUACUUGAACAGGCUGCCCGAAGAGGUUGUGGAAUCUCCUUCUCUGGAAGUACUCAAAACCCGCCUGGAUGCUUUCCUGUGCAAACUACUCAAGGAAGCUUCUGUAGCAGUGAGCUGGACUCAAUGAUCUCCAGAGGUCCCUUCCAACCUUUACUAUUCCUAAUGGCCUAGAAUUUGCACAUAUGGUACAAUGUUCUGAGACAAAGUAGUGAAGCAGAUUGCAAACAAGUUCUAAGGGGAUAUACAGAGCAAAUCAAAGAAAUUAGUGGAGGAAUGACAGUGUAAGAGGCAGGGAGAAAACACAGAGUUUGGAAGAAGUAAAGUAGUGAAAGGUAUUUUAAAAAGGCAUUGAAAAAUGGCUAGGACUCACAAAAGCAGCAGAAGAAAAGAUGGAGAAUGGAAUGGGAAAGGCAAGAUACAGAAAGAAAGAAAAAGAGGCAGAAACAAGUGACUAAGAAGUCUGAAGAAAUACGCAGAAAGGAAAAGCAAACAAGAAAGUGAAUGCAAAUGGUACAAAAAAGAAAUGAAAAGGAGGAAUAUAUUACUGAGGAGAUCUGAUACUGUGUGCAGAUUUGUGCUUCCCAUCUCUUUCUUUGCAUCUCACUGCAUGCUGGGGACAUAACACCAUGUGAUAAACCUCUCUUGGACUCCUAUUCUUAGCUCCAGUGAUUUAAAAGAAUACCCCCUGGGUGGGGAUUCCUGUUAUAGAUCAAGGAAAUACUUCUUACUCUCUCUAAUUAAAAUCCUUCCACACGCAGAAAGCUGGCUCUGUACCUGAACAAGUACCUACUACCUGCAGGCAACAUAAAACUCAUGCAUUUCCUAUUCAUUUGCUCUAUCUCUGCAAGCAAGCUCAGCUCUGAAUAAGGGAUCUCUAAAUCCUAGCAAGAACCCUGCACACUCCAGUGUCCAAGUCCUGACACCACCAAAUUCAAAAGGAACUACACACAGCACUACAGCCAUGGAUCUCCAGUGUUAAUGCUGUUUUACAGCUAAGGAUGACUUGGCUUUGCAGUCAGGAGAUGUUUUUAGGAUGCCUCCUGCCAAACUAGUUGGGCAGCUUUGAGAGAAAUGCUGUUAGCACAUUGCUAGAUAUAGGUUUCCUGGCCUUCUGCAGGAAACUGCAUGAUGACAUUUGCAUGAAAUUACAACGUGCUGCCUUUAUCAACAAUUGGCUAGAGACUGAAUUUUCCCACAAGAGAGUGGAAGAAAUUUGUAAUAGAAUAUACACAGGAAGGUGCUCCAGAGCUCUGCUGUUGUGUUCCUCAUUUAACCUCUUUGGGCAAGAAGUAAGCUGCAGGCUUCACAAUGGGCUCCAUUUCUAGAAUGAUUACUGAGUUCUGCCUUGAUCUCUACAAUAAACUCAACAGAACCGCAGAAUGCCAAAACAUUGUCUUCUCUCCAAUGAGCAUCUCUACCUCCCUUGGCCUAAUCCUUCUAGGGGCACGAAACAACACUGCCACUCAGAUAGAAAAUGUUCUCCAUGUCAGCAAUGCUGCAGGAACUACAAGCCUUGAAUCUGAACUUGAAGGUGCAGUCCCAGAAAACAAGUCUGAACUAAGCCAGGAAAGAGAGUCUUCCUCCUCUCUGUGUAACACAGAUGGGAAUCUUAACCACGAAGCAUUCCAUGCACUGCUUUUACAACUACAGAACCUUGGUAAAGAGUACGUUUUAAGCCUGGCUAACAACGUCUUUAUCCAACAAGGAUUUGAACUGAAUCAGAAGUACCUAAUGUGCAGUAAGGAACUGUACAGAGCAGCCCUUGAAACAGUGGACUUUCAAGGGGCUCUUGAAGCAAGCAGGCUAAAAAUUAACAAUUGGGUUGAAAGCGAGACACAAGGUAAAAUCAAGGAACUUUUUGCUCCAGGAGUGAUUGACUCACACGCCAUUCUGGUGCUGGUGAAUGUGAUCUACUUCAAAGCAUCCUGGGAACACAAGUUUGAGGAGAAAAAUACAGUACAGAGAGAUUUUAAACUGAAUCAGAAUGAGAGAAAGCCAGUGCAGAUGAUGUAUCAGAAAGGCACAUUUAAAUUGGGCUAUAUUGAGGAGCUGGGAACUCAGGUGCUUGAACUCCCUUACGCUCAGAAGUCGCUGAGCAUGAUCAUCCUGCUGCCAGGAGACACGGCAGACGGAUCUACCAGUGGGCUGGAACAGACUGAAAGCACAAUGACCUAUGAAAGCUUAAUGCUGUGGUUCUCUUCCGAACACAUGUAUGAGACAACCGUAGAGGUAUACCUGCCCCGAUUCAAGCUUGAAGACACCUUUAACCUCAACGAGGUAUUAAAAGCAAUGGGAAUGACCGACAUCUUCACUGAAUCCAAAGCUGAUCUUUCUGCACUGUCAUUUGAAAAAUCCCUGGUGUUGUCAAACAUUGUCCAUAAGGCUUACGUGGAAGUCAAUGAGGAGGGCACUACAGCAGCAGCUGCUACAGGAGCUGCCAUUGUGAGGAGAUCCCUUCCCCUCAUAGAGGUGUUUAUGGCUGACCAUCCUUUCCUAUUCUUUAUUAGGCACAACCCCACCAAUGCCAUUCUUUUCUUUGGUAAAUUCUGCUCACCUUAAAAUCAGGGCCAUCUUCUAGCACUGUGAGAAAAAC